AUGGAGAAGGUGUGUAUAGAUACCCCGGAAAUCGCUGUUGUCGAUGUUGAGACAGAAACAGUUGAGUUUGUCCUUGGAGUCAUCAAGCUUGUUGCCAUGGCUGGGUUCAUAAUCUUUGGUAUCAUUGUAAGCUGUGGAGGAGUACCUACCGAUACCCGUGGGUAUAUUGGCUUCCGGUACUGGGAUGGUGCUGAUGGAAAUCAUGCCUUCCGAAAUGGUUUUGCCGGUUUCUGCUCAGUUUUCGUCCUCGCCGCCUUUGCCUAUGAAGGCUCGGAAUUGGUCGGGCUCGCCGCGGCGGAGGCUAAAGACCCUCGCAAAUCUUUGCCCAAGGCCACCAAGCAGGUGUUAUGGAGUAUCUUGGGCGUCUAUGUCUUGUCUUCGCUGAUUGUUGGCAUCAUUGUCCCAAACAAUUCCCCAGAUCUGCUGUAUGCCACUGGGGCGAACACGAAAGCUUCUCCAUCUGUCCUGGCGAUCCAAUAUGCCGGAGUCAGGGGUCCGCAUUCGCUAUUCAACGCCGCCAUCACAGUCUCCACCCUCUCUGUGGCCAACAGCGCCACUUAUGGCUCAACUCGGACACUGCAGGCUCUUGCCCAGCACCGCAUGGCACCCAGAUUUCUGGCGUAUGUCGAUGGCAAAGGUCGCCCAAUAGGCCCUGUGAUAGUGCUGCUGUUGAUGGGGCUGUUGGCAUUUAUCAGCUUGUCUGCUGCGGGUGAUCAAGUACGGUUCCGACAAGCCUGGAAAGCUGCGGGGAAAUCUAUCGAUGACCUCCCCUUCAAGUCGCAGCUGGGAACAUAUGGGUCAUAUGUGACGCUGUUCAUGGCGGUCAUCGUGUUGAUCGCAGCCUUCUACGUCGCCCUUUUCCCGGCCGGAGCAGGAACGCCAAACGCAAUCCGUUUCUUUCAAAAUUAUCUUUCAGCUCCUGUAUAG